AUGCCUUCCGCGAACCGCGUCACCCUCCCAGAGGAGAACAUCGACGACCUGAUCUACCUCGCUCGUGCCAGCGAACUGACAGAACUGCAAUCCACCCUCGAAGACCUGACAAAACAGCACUCCUGUACACCCACCGACCUGCUCUCCGCCGCCAUCGAACCAGCCUCGGGCAACUCCCUCCUCCACUACCCCGCUGCCAACGGCGCCAUCGCGCUCGUCUCGCACCUCCUCUCCCUCGUACAGCCGCAACACGCGCCCUCAUCCACCGCCACAUCUAAGCCGGCGCCGCAAGUAGCACAGAUCCUCAAUCAUAGCAACGCGAGUGGCAACACCCCCCUGCACUGGGCCGCACUCAAUGGGCACCUAGAAGUCGUGCAGGCGCUGGUAACUGCGGGUGCGGACCCGGGCGUUCGUAACGGCGCGGGACGCGACGUCAUAGUCGAGGCAGAGAUGAGUGGGAAGGAGGAGGGCGUCAAGUGCGCCGAGUGGCUGCUGGGAAGCUGGGAGGGUGUGGAGAGUGGUGUGGGUGGUGCUGAGGUUGCUGAGGGGGAUGAGACUAGUGCUGUCGACGGCGAGGGGUCGGCGGGUGCGGAAAUAAAAGAAGGCGAACACAAAGACGAAGAAGCCUCGCGUUGA